GUGGGAGUAAAGCGCCUGAUUGUCCGUUUAUUGCAGCGUCCCUUUCGUUAGUCCUGUGCUACAAAAAUCUCAUCGAGGAAGCUUGGUGCCCCUCUGUUACACCACUUGGGUAUUCUCCUCAACAGCUCAUUCAUCGCCAGCGCAUGUCUGUCUCUCCGCUGUGGGCGAGGAUGAACUGCACAAGGCUGAUCAAUCCGAGUCACGCCUGCGGGUGACAGGAAGUCGAGAGUUCUCUCUAUUGUAAUCUCUUACUCAUCGACGCUGACAAAUAAUCGCAUCGUUCACCGUCUGGACUUGUCAUUGACGCUCGCCUUGGUUUCAGUCACAAGAGACAUCACUCGAGUCUUCUGUCGAAAGACUGCCCUGUAGAGCCAAUCUACUCACUGAGCUCGCAUACAAAACCCGUGGCUGUGCCACCAUCAAACACUGCCGAAAAUUGAAGUAUCGAUCCCAUAUCCACGCACGUCGUAAUGGCCUUGGAGGAUUCUCCAGAACAAAGGGCUAUCGCCUAUCCUGAUGCACCAUCUCUACAUGUUUCUCCUCACGGGGUGUCGGGGAACGUGUUAACGGAACCGUACGCCAAUGAUGCUCCGUCCCUGUUUGGUGAAGAUCCCGUCAUCGACAUCUCAGCCGGUUAUGUCGACCUUGGAAAUGGCCGGUAUCAAGGCAUCGUCUCAGAUUCGGCAUCUGCUCCAACUCUGGGCGCCACGCUAGAUCAAGCACGGCAAUCGCGAGGACAUGCUCUGAACGGUUUCACUCCGUCUGGGACCCCAGGUCUGAUUCAAAGAAUGCAGAAGAAUGCGGAUGAUCCGUCUUCAGCUUCAGCAUCGUCAUCUCGUGGCUUGGCUAGACAAGAGUCAACAACUUUGACGACACUGAGUCGGCUUUUUGCUGUCAAGAACGACGUCUCUCCCAAUCUGUCCCGCCAUCCUUCCGAUCAAUCGCAGGUAAGAGACGGGGCAGUGUACCACCGCGUUUCCCCACAAACAACGGGACUUCCUGCCUUGCCUAAUCACCUCUAUACCCGUGGUCUUCUUUCCGGCCAAUAUUCGGACAUCACAAUCCAUGCCUUUGGUCACCAGUACCGGCUUCAUCGCUUGAUCCUCGAUCAAUCUCCAUUCUUCGCUGGAGCCUUGAGCGGGUCAUGGCUGGAAGCCAAAACGAACGACGUCACGAUACGUCCCGAUGACAUCGAUGAUGCUAUCACUCAAGUUGCGUUUGAAUUGGCACUCAGUCGACUUUACGGCCACAUUGAUACGGCAGGGGAAGAGCAGGAUCCUGUUGGAGUGUUCGCUACAGGGUGUUGGCUUGAGGUACCAGCUAUGGUAGACUCCGCUGUUGAAUCAAUAUUGAGACAAAUGGCAUUAGAAUCAUUGUCUCUGCUCAUCAAGCUUGUGACGCGAAAUUAUUACGGUCGAGCGGGGGACAAGAUCUUGGCCAGCGCAAAGUGCAUGCUGUGUAGAGAUGGCUGGAAAAUGCCAUUACGCUUUUGGGACGAUAUUCCGGGAGACGUUGUCCGAGAGAUUGUCGGUGGCGACGGAUUCUUCGUCAACAAUGAAUGGGAUAGAUGGGUACUGACUAAACGUAUUUUGGACCGAAGACUCAAAAUACAAGCACAAACACAAGGACUCGUCUCAUCUCACACUGGCAACAAACUAGCAAAGGCCCCAGAUACAUGGGGGCUCAUGGCUGUCCGAUUUGACACUGUUUAUCGGCGGAAUGGCCACAUCAACGGACAAGGCUACCCGGAUCAUUUGCACAAAUGGGUCACUUGCUACACACAUCCUGCCGUCGAGCCACUUCUGGUUCUGUUGGAUGAAGGUAUCCGUUAUAUUCAUCUCGAAUUUGAGCAGCUGCAACGUAUCCGCAAAGCUCGAGAUUGUUUUGGACUGCCUGUCAUGUCCGAGGACGUCAUUAGUAACGCAUUGUGGCAACACAUGGAAUUGAGGCAGAAAAUCAUCAAUUCCGGCGAGAAAGAGCUAGAAAUCGGGUUGAGUGUGCGCUCGCAAAGCGAACGGAUCGCAGACUCAGGUGAUGGUUCUGCUCCAUCUAAUGGACUCCUUUCUGGGCAGCGCCCUACCAAUAACGACACUGAUCCGGAGAUCUUGACUACUUUGGAUGCCGACAUUCCUAGCGGCUCAUGGGAUGGAAACGGACAUCCUCGGAAGUUCUGGAUACCAAGCUCUGAUUGCAAGAUUGUAGUAGGCGGCAAUGUUGAGCCCUCCGCGAAUUCACCGUACGGCAUGGCCGCUCUCACACAAACUGUCCAUCCAGAAGACGUGCAAUGGAUCACAGAUUUCUCUGCAACCAUAUCGGCCACAUCAACGUCACGCGUGCCAACGACAAACCACAGCGGUGCCGCUCAGGAUGUACCUGCUGCUGUCAAGUAUACCCAUUUCCCCCCUUUUCGCUUCUCCGUAGAGUUUCCUAACCCUCGCUCUUUGCGGGACAAAAAACGUGUCUACAGUCGAACUGUGUUCUAUGCCGGAAGCCUCUGGAACAUAUAUAUUCAGAAAGUGGCGACCUCACGAAGCAAGCAGUUAGGAGUCUACCUACACCGCGCUAAGGAACACGAUACAAUGGAUUCACCGGGCAACAGUCCUGCCUUUGUACAAGGGAGCGUAGUCGAUCGUAUCAGUGCCGUUGAACGAGGUUCAGCGGCAAGAGAAGAGCGUCGCCAGAGGCGGCACCACCAGAGAUCACGGCCAUUCACAUCGGAUCGUUUUGUGUUUGUCGACGAUGCCGAUAGCAGCGGUAGUGCGGGUGAUCAUGACAGCUCCACAGUUCAUACUUCCACGCAUCAUGAAGCCUCCCGGGAUUCUCGCUCGGAUCGGAAUAGUCGUGGUUACGGCAAGUCGAGCCAGACAGACACGAUGCAGACGCCUUCCACGCGGCCGACGGAUUCCUAUUGGACCAGGUCUUCCGGCACUCUCGACACGUCCGAGUCUGUGUCUGAUCAAGACUCCGAUCCAAGCGUCGACCAAAUACCUACUACUACGGCUGCGCCUCGUGUUCCUGCCCUACCAUCCUACAUCGAUGCGCGACCGACGAUCAGGACUUACUUCAAGAUUUACAGCCCGUCUCGCGGUGGUAGGAUGCUUUCGGUAUACGAAUCCGCGCCAGACCAAUUUAAUUUUUCGCAAAGCUGGGGAUGGACGAGCAGCAAUUUGAUGCUCGAUGAGGGAUUCUCGGGAGAAGAAGAGAACGAGGACGACGCCAAGGAAGGAGGUGGCACUGAUGGCGGCAGUGGAAACGUGGGCAUGUCGACAUCAGCAAAGGCCGGAGGGAAAAGUCGGGCCACGACAGCGAAGAAGGCGGAGGACGGCAAUUUGAGGUUCAUGGUCGUCAUUGGCAACAUCUGACGAGGAGACAACAUGUAUGUGUGACAUCAUGCUUGUAGUGAUGAUUUUAUGAAUUGGCGUGCGAGCCGGAUGAGACAUAUAUCGUGCACAUGAAUCAUACUGCGGAACGAUGCGCAUAAACUCCGCACGAUCAUCGAGGUACAGAUAACGAGACAGCCGCAGAUCAGAGUUCGGCGUAUAGUCGAUCAGAAAUGCUUGAAAACGUUGGAAUCCGA